CGUUCUAUGUAUUGUAAAAAUCUCGGGCAUGUAACAAUUAUAAACUGUAUGAACCUAAAUGUUUUAAUUUUAUUGCAAUUUUUAUUAUAUGCGGAUACUGAUAGACGUACUCAUUCUAUUAUGUAAUUGUUAAAUUGUGUUUACAUGUAUCGUACAUAUAAUUAAAAAAUUCAAUUUUAUCUCAGUGGCCAACAUUACGAAAAAACUUUCAUGGAAAUGAUGAGUGAGAAACAAUUUUCUCCAGUCAGUAAAUCUCUGUCUGCAAAAACAGCUCAAGGAAAAAAUUUGGUAGGUUCUGCGCGACAUGUGCGAGAUUUAGCUGCUGACAUUCAUGCAAAUAUACAACAGUGGAAUGAAACUCAUUUACAAGGAGACCAUUGUGGAAAAUCUUGCCAAGAUCGCACAUCACAUGAAAAUAACAAUAUCUUUAGAGAAAAAUAUGGACAAAUUAUUUACAACAUGGCCAGUAGCAACAUUUGGAGAAGUAGCAGAACUAAUAUACAAUGCAUAUUCUCAGGAGAUUAA